AAACGAUAUGCGAUUUGUUAAGCGGAUCUCGUCCGGAAUGAGAUGAGAGUCUUACCUCGAUGGCGCAGUGAGCCAUGAAUCUGAUGCAGCCACCAAACUCCCCCAUGUGCGCUAGCUGUAGCGAUCGGUUCCGGUCCAGCAGACUGCGUGACAGCACUGACGCUUAAGUCGCCGGCGCAUGUUACCGAUGACCUUGUAAGACGCGCAAUUCAGUGCUGGAUUAGGCCCAGUAAUACGGAAAUAGUUCGCAAAGUUUGGCCCGCUUGCAUUUGUGUCAGUCGAGUUCGGCUUUCGCCGCCUGCCUCGGCGUCCGCGACCAAGGCCAACCGGGCGCGCAUCGCCGGCGAGCAAGCCGCCAACGGGCGCCCACACCAACGAAUGCCCCCCCGCGCAUGGCAGGCGUAUUCGCAAUGGAGCAGCCUUGGGGUUGGAGUUGGAGGGAACCGGCGGGACAUCCUCCUUGACUCAGACGCAGACGCGCGCCAUGUGUUCGUCCAAAUGCUUUUGCAGGCGCAUCGGUAAAACAAAUCUCAGAAAAUAAAUUAAUUGCUAUCGCGAUGUUAAUUCUCUACAGAUGAUGAAUAUGCUGAAAUCAGUUUCCAUGCGCGGGGCCUGGUGCCUCGUUAUAUUCUCUUGACUGAAGAGGGAAAUAGCUUCAAUUGUUAUCCCGGUUCUGUGUCUUAAGCAAUUUUUAUGGUCGUUUCUGCUUAGUUUAGAAAAACCACUGGAGUCGCGUACAACAGUUCUUCCUUCCAGGAUUGUAUACUCGUUGCUGCUUAGUUUAAAAAAACGUAAAACAAAGUUAGUUUUGCUUUCAUAAACAGCCAUCCUGCAUAGUAUUCAGGUGUCUUUUACAUUUAAAUACAAACUAAGCACUGUGCCUUCAGAAUGUUACAUUUUACUUGUUCUGUCUAUAUAAUUUGCUUAACUGACAAUUUGGGAAUUUCAGAUUGCGCCUCCAGAUCUUUUGACUCUUCCGUGUAAAAGGUGCAAGAUGGUAAACUUAUGGAAGCAAGAAGCAUGACAUUCUUUUAUUUUUCCUGAUGAAUUAAUGAAUACUGAUGUAUUCAAAUGACGUCUGGAUUACCUGCUAAGCUGAUGUGAGCCACACGUUUCGCUGCUUGUACACAUAUUGAAUACAUGCUGCUAGCACCUUAAUGAAGGUUGUCUUUUCUUCUCAAGCAUUCCUAGUGCUUAGGCGGACUUUGGGGUCACAAAACUGGUGUGAAGUUAACCGUAGGGGUCUUAGUCCCUGAUCAUCAAGAUGGCAUGAUUGUUUUAUGUCAGACUUUCUUCUGUUUUACUUACUUAGCUUAUGCCCAUGUAAUCAUGCAUUUUGGUCAGCAUCAGGUUACAGUUUUUCUCCUGUUAUUGUUGCCUAUUCAUGAUUCUGUUGAGCAAGAACUGUUUUUAAUAUACGAAGAGAGAAAUACAGAACACUUUUUUGGGUAAUUUUUGUUAAGUUAGUGUUCAAGAUAGGAAACUGUUUCGUAGUAAGAGACCAUUAUUCUAGUAUUUACACCACUACACUAGCCACGCAAAGAAGCACUAUAUAUUCCCUGAGAGUCUGACUGCAAUUUAGGUUAACAUUGUUCUCGCACUCCCAGAAAAUUAAACAAUUUAUGGGAACUGUCAGAGUGAUAGAAACAUAUGAUUCUACAUAAUUUGAUGGCUAGGAGUUUCUGUCUGAUUAGCUUGUUGAUUCUUUCGCUUGGCUUUAACCCCUGCACAGCUCUCUCAUGGAAGAAUGAUAGUUCAGUGGAAGAUGGCAUUCAAGGGUGCAAACCUUCUCCCCAUCCAUUUACUUUGUGCAAGUCAGAGGCAGAAGCUUUUGGCUAUCCAUGUGAAGAUCACAAGGUCACAACAGAAGAUGGAUAUAUUCUUAGCUUGAAGAGGAUUCCUCACGGUCCUUCUAAUGGUGAUAACUCAACAGACAACGAGAAUACGAGGCAACCAGUGCUGCUAUUCCAUGGGCUUAUGGUGGAUGGCAUUUCAUGGCUACUUGGUACACCAAAACAAUCACUUGGCUUUAUUUUGGUAGAUGGCGGGUUUGAUGUUUGGAUAGCGAAUACUCGUGGAACUAAUUCCAGCCGCAACCAUACAUCUCUAUCCCCCAAAAACCCGGCCUACUGGGAUUGGUCGUGGGACGAAAUAGCUGCUUAUGAUCUUCCUGCCGUGCUUCAGUUUGUCUAUGACCACACAGGAGGUCAAAAAGUCCAUUAUAUCGGUCACUCCCUGGGAACCUUGAUUAUUCUUGCUGCAUUCUCCGAGCGCAAGUUACUACACCUAGUUCGAUCAGCAGCAUUGCUCUGCCCAAUUGCUUAUCUGGACAGGACAAAAUCCAAACUCAGCCGAGUUGCUGCACAAAUCUUCUUGGCAGAUACAGCUCGCUUUCUAGGUUGGCACGAGUUCAAUCCUUUUGGACUAGUUGCACGUGAAGUUCUAUUGAUAGUAUGCGGCAACCCUGAAGUUGACUGCCAUGAUGUAUUUUCUGCUCUUGCAGGACCGGACUGUUGCCUCAAUGUUACAAGUACAUGUGCAUUCCUGGAGCAUGCUAUACAGUCUACAUCUGUCAGAAACCUUGUUCACUUGUCGCAAAUGGUCAGGCACAAAGGGAUCAGAAGGUACGACUAUGGCAACGCCAAGGCAAACAUGAAGCAUUACAAUCAGACACGCCCUCCGCUGUACAACCUCUCAACCAUUCCAACCCAUGUCCCCAUGAUGCUCAUGCAUGGUGGCCAAGACUUCCUUGGCGAUCUCCCUGACACUAGGCACCUCCUGAAGACGCUGGUCAGAAACCAUGAAAAGGACAACAUCGAGGUGCUAUACGUGCCUGACUACGCUCAUGCUGACUUUGUGACAGGCUUUAAUGCUCCAGAGCUCGUAUAUGAACCGAUGGUCGACUUCUUUCAGCGUCACUGAGAGUUACUACACAUUUCUUCAUGGUCACCUUCACCAGUAAUUGAGUACCACCCUAUGCUAUCAAAACAUCAACUAGUGUAUAAGGUGUCCAUGCAUAUGACUUGUCAAUUCGUAGUAUAUGCCUAUAUUUGCCAGGUUGAUCAUGCUAGAGAGUGAACUAUUCGAUCGAAUAUUUGGUACCAUGUAAUCAGUUUACCCGACAUACCAUAUGUAGUAAGUACCAAUUAGGCUCUAUCAAGCCAUUAUUUGAAGGUCUUCAAUUUCUUUUAAAAUGCAAUUA